UAGGGUUCUAGGGAAGGGGGCGAGAGAAUGACCGCGUCAGGGCCGAAGAACGAGGAAGGCGGCGAGCAGCGCCAUCUGCAAGGAGGCACGCAGCUGGGAGUUCCAGCUUACUAUGGCACAUUUCAGGGAAAUCCCAGCUUCCCGCAGCCAGUACACCCUAGUCAGUACGAGCAGCAGCAGCAGCAGCAGCAGCAGCAACAGCAUCAGCAGCAAUAUCACCCGGGCUACGUUUCUUCUCAAGGAUACGAGAGAAUCGAUCACUAUCAGCAUCACGAUAGGCUUCCGUGUUGCGGGCUUGGAAUUGGAUGGUGUCUUUUCAUCCUUGGCUUUUUGACGCUUUCGCUUCCCUGGUUCGUGGGGGCUUUCAUUUUCUUUUGCAUCAAGACGGACGCGAGAGAACACGUCGGGCUUGCAGCGUGUGCCAUUGCAGCACUCAUGGCUCUCCUCGUCGGUGGCAGCAAAGGGAUCCAUAUGUGGUAGACGUAAGAGGCACGCACGCACGCUACGCAUGUAAAUAAGCUAAGUCAUUUGCGAAUCUAAACAUACUUUUCUUCGGAAA